AUGUCACCACCGCCAACAACAUUAACUGAAUUUUUCACAUUAUGUAGAAAUGAUACCUUUGCAAGGACACUACUGUACUCUGAAGUACCAACUUAUUUUACGUGGAAUACAUCAACAAGAAAAUUUCAGCGUCGUAAACAAGGUAGAGCAGUACAAGGUCAUCUAAAUUUAUAUUCCACAGAUGCAUUGGGUCGUCUGUACACUGUACAUCCAAAUAAGGCAGAAUGCUUUUACCUGAGAUUAUUAUUAAUCAAUGUUCGUGGACCAACAUCUUUUCAAGAAUUAAAAACAGUCAAUGGCCAUGUGUGUGCUACAUUUCGUGAGGCUUGUCAGAAAUUAAGUCUCUUAGAAAACGAUGCUCAUUGGGAUAUUUCACACGCUGAUGCUUCUAAUACAGCUCAACCACCACAGAUACGUACACUAUUUUCCUACAUACUAACUACAUGUUUUCCGGCUAAUCCAAAGGAUCUUAGGGGAAAAUAUAAAGACUAUAUGAGUGAAGACAUUUUACUUCGCAUGCGUAGAAUAAAUGCUAAUCCCAACAUUCAAUUUACAUCAAAUAUAUACAAUGAAGCAUUGAUUUUAAUUGAGAAUGUAUGUUUGACAAUAGCCAACAAAUCACUGACAGAUUUGGGAAUGAUUGCUCCAAAUAGAUCUGGUAAUGACAUUUUCGAUCGUGAUAUACAACGAGAAACGCACUUCGAUGUUAAUGAAUUACAAACAUUUGUUCGAAUUAAUCUUCCGAAAUUGGUAUUAGAACAACGAACAGCAUAUGACACAAUUAUAAAUGCAAUAUCUAACAAGAGUUGUGGCUUAUAUUUCUUAGAUGCACCUGCAGGUACUGGCAAAACUUUUCUUAUUUCAAUUAUUCUGGCAACUAUAAGAUCACAAAAUAAUAUUGCACUUGCUAUUGCAUCAUCUGGUAUUGCAGCAACUCUUUUGGACGGUGGUCGAACAGCACAUUCAGCAUUGAAAUUGCCAUUAAAUGUGCAGGUAAUUGAAACUCCAACAUGUAAUAUUAGCAAAGAUUCUGGGAUGGGAAAAGUGCUAAGAUCAUGUCAGCUUAUAAUAUGGGAUGAAUGCACCAUGGCACACAAGAAAUCAUUGGAAGCACUCAAUCGCACAUUAAAAGAUUUGAGAGGAAAUGAGCAGCUCUUUGGUGGUGCACUCAUUUUGCUAGCUGGUGAUUUUAGACAAACUCUACCAGUCAUACCCCGUUCAACACCAGCAGAUGAAUUGAAUGCAUGUCUCAAAUCAUCAGUAUUAUGGCGGUAUGUGGAGAAAAUAUCUUUAAAGACCAAUAUGCGUAUUCAAUUACAACAAGAUGAAUCUUCUGAACGUUUUACAAAACAAUUGUUAGAUAUUGGGAAUGGUAAAAUAGAAAUGGACCAAUCCACACACUGUAUUACAUUACCAGAAAACUUUUGUCACAUUGUAAAAUCCACUGAUAAAUUGAUUGCAAAAGUUUUUCCAAAUUUAUCGCAGAAUUAUAAAAAUAAUCAAUGGGUUAGUGAGCGUGCUAUAUUGGCAGCCAAAACCAUUGAUGUGAAUUCAAUAAACUGCAAAAUUCAAAAUGAAAUACCUGAAGAAGAAACAGCAUAUAAAUCCAUAGAUACUGUUGUCAAUCAAGAUGAAUCAGUUAAUUAUCCAAUAGAAUUUUUAAAUUCAUUGGAUCUACCAGGAAAGCCACCGCAUAUUUUAUCUUUGAAAAUUGGUUCCCCAAUCAUCCUUCUACGAAACAUAAAUCCACCACGACUAUGCAGUGGGACUAGGCUAUCAGUAAAAAAAAUAAUGAAUAACAUAAUUGAGGCAACCUUCUUAAAUGGAAAACACCUAGGAGAACAUGAACUAAUACCACGCAUUCCCAUGAUACCAACGAAUACUCCAUUUGAAUUCAAACGUCUACAGUUUCCUGUACGACUAGCCUUUGCAAUGACCAUUAACAAAGCACAGGGACAAUCAUUGCAAGUAUGUGGAUUACAUUUGAUAAAUCCAUGCUUCUCACAUGGACAGCUGUACGUUGCGUGUUCACGAGUUGGAAAACCAUCAAAUUUAUUUGUUCUUGCACCAGUUGGGAAAACAAAAAAUGUUGUAUAUUUACAAGCACUGCUAAGAUAA